AUGCAAUAUGUUCAACAACCAAAGUUUCCACUUACAAAACUACCAGAUGUCGUAUUAAGAUUAUUUGUCGCUUUGUUAGGAGUAACAGAACGAAUCUGCUACUCACUCUGCUCCAAACGCUGCGCCUUUCGCACUAAGCGUCCGAAAUUCAAAGUCGAUAUUUUUGGUGUCAAAGUGGGAUCAACAGUGGAAAUAAUCCUACAAAAGUUCAAUGAAGACAUCAUCGAACUAACUUUUCUCACUGAAGAUGAUUUGACACGCCGAUAUCCAAUUCCUAUCCCUCCACCGAUAGCCAUAACAAUCAAGUAUUUUAAUGGAACUCAAAAAACUCAUAGCCCUCAAAAACUGCGCAGCUUGAAACAGUUUUUGUGUCAUUUUGGCGACAUUUUUUCUUUUGAAAAAGGAGCAAUUAUCCCUGAAAGAGGAUGCGAGCGGUUCACAUUUGACUCAUUGAAGGCAGAAUUGGAAGGAUGCGGUUUGAAAGAACUCAACAUGCGCGGUUACAACAAUAAAAUAUAUGGACGGCAACUGCUGAAAACAUUCCUUCCCUGGAGUAUACUGACUAUAUCCCAUUGGACCUAUGAUAAGAAUUGGCAAUUUCAAAAAUAUGUUUUAAAACACAAAAUGGAUGCGCUCUUGGUUUGCUCCUACCAUCUCAAUUUCUAUGAACUCAUGUAUGAUAUGGAUAUCAAGCAUAUAGAAUUCAGUGAGCCCAUCUAUUUAAGCAGCGAACUCAAUGAAUUCAUCAAGACAUGGAUCGACGGGGAGACCAAUGUAAAUCUGGAGUCAUUGUGUCUUCGAUUCAGAAGUCCUCUAUUUGGAAACUACCAACAGUCGAUACUCGAUGGAAUCAAACAUCAAUUGGUCCAUACGGAAAAACCGUUUAUGCCUCCGUUCAGAACGAUUAACUGGACGUUUACGACGUCAAUUAUUGGGAAGUAUGAAAUCACAAGGAAGACUGACGGGAAGAGAGCUACGAUCAAGUUGGAUGAACUCAAUGGAGAUCCCAGAAUCGGAGGAGGAGUCCGCGAUGAGCCCAGGAAAAGAGGAGGAGUCCGCGAUAAGUCCACGAGGAGUAGGAGUCCGGAAGAGUCCUGGGGGGAGCCUGGAGGAGCCCCAGGUGAGUCCACGAGGAGUCCACAACCGGAGGAGGAGAAGUACUGGAGCCAAAGAUAUGAGGAUGAGUCCACGAGAAAGCUGGAGGAGAGAGUCGCUAACUAUUCUGGAGGAGGAGCCAGCCUGGGGGAGCUUGGGGGAGUCCACGAGGAUCCUGGAGGAGAGAGUCGCUGA